GGCUUGCCACAUCUGAAUGGAGCCCCCGCUUUGAACUCCUACCUCGACCAUAGUAAUCACAUCUUGAGAUCGAAAGCGGUUGAAGUGACGGUGGUAUGCGUCCAAGGCCUGAAUUUUGGCGUU